AUGCCUCGCAACGGAGACGGUUCUUCUGACAACGGCCCCUUUGAGGAGGCCAAGCACGACAUCACCCACGGCACUGGCAAGGUCGAGUCUAACCACGUCGACCGUGCCGACAAGACCGCCGACCUCCCUGAGGGCAAGGACGAGCAGGGCUUGGCUAUCAAGGACCUCAACGCCAGUGGUGGCCAGAGCCAGGGUCUCGCCCAGGGCAAGGAUGUUGGACAGGGCAACUAA